AUGGAAAUCGAUAAUCGUGGGCCACCGCUCCAAGUAGUCUGCUACGUCUUUGGCGUUCUGGCCUUGGUGGCUACCCUGCUUCGGUGCUAUGUUCGAGUUUUCCUGGUUAAAUCGUUUGGAGUAGACGACUAUUUCAUGGUUCUCGCAUUGGUUCUCUUUAUCGCGUUUGUAGCCAGCGCUCUGGUAGGAGUACACUUUGGCGCUGGACGCCAUCUCACAGACAUCUUACCCCAGGUAAAUACAAAACAUGCGAUUCAAUGCUGGUGGUUCUGUUAUCUCUGGUAUUGUCUUUCCAUCACGGCAGUCAAGAUAUCUAUUUGCUGGUUUCUCCUGCGAGUCAUUGUGAAGAGAAUACACCUCUGGAUCAUCUACUUCGUGCUGGGCCUCAACAUUGUAUCCGGAGUCGCCUUCUUCUUUAUUACACUGCUGCAGUGCAAGCCUGUCUACGCCUUUUGGGAUAGGGAAGUGCCCGGAGACUGUCUCGGCAUGGAUGCGGUCAUUGCCGUGACAUAUGUCUACGGCGCCUGUGGCAUCAUCUGCGACUUUACCUGCACAAUACUACCCAUGGUCAUCAUCUGGGGCUUGAACAUGAAUAAACGGUCGAAAUGGGUGCUCAUGCCCAUCAUGACACUGGCAUGCGUGGCAAGCGCCGCCACGGUUGUGCGAUUCGUUUACUGCAAAGAUGCCAAGGACCCGGAUUUUCUCUACGCAACGAUCAAUAUCGUGAUUUGGUCAACCAUCGAACAAGGCGUUGCCAUCAUGGCGGGCAGCCUUGCAACCCUCCGCCCUCUGCUACGACAAGUUGCCCAGAAUCUAGGCUUUUCCUCGACCGGCCCUUCUGAGCUCAAAGACACGAGAGAAAACAAUUCACGAUUUAAAGACGGGACUGGGUCAAGGAACAAGCUUGCCUCGCGAAAUAACGACCAGUUCGCUUUGGGAGUAAUGGAAGGUCAGGGGAACGGCCGCUUGCCGAACGGUCAUCCUCACGGGGAAAGACGGGAGCCCUGGGAUAACGAGAGUGAGGAGGAAUUGACUCAGGAUCUUGGGAAAGGCCAAGAUCACAAAGUCCUGUCGACUGCUCAUGUUUAA